UUGGCUGGCGUUGCGGAGGGGGCGGGCUGUAGCGAGUGAGCACCGCCCGGGGGGCUCCUCUGGUAAGCGGGCUGUGCCCACGGGGCCUGCCCUGGAUCGGGGAGGAGGAGGAGGAGGGGGUGCGGAGCUUCCGAGCGCUGCUUCAGCCUUGUCACGGCUGCCAACUUUGGCUCGGCAAGUGCUGCACGCCCAGCCCUGUGCAAGGGGUCUCCUGUCCCCAGGGAGCUUGGGAAGCAGAGCGGAGGCAGCCGAAGGGGUUCGAUAAUGGAGAUAGUAUUAGACUAUUUCCCUCAUAAGCAAGCAAUGGCUGUGGACGUCGCAAUGCAGCUGUACCUGUGCUCAUCACCCUUGCGAAGAGAGAAGUGUGCCUGCAAAAUUGCUUCAAAGCCAAGCAAGCCACUGAGGCCCUGCAUCCAGCUGAGCAACAAGACUGCACUGAAUGGACCAGAAGAGGCAGCAAACUCCUUCACACACAACAAAGCAAAGAAGAAAGUGUCAUUUGCAGAUAGCAGAGGCUUUGCUCUGACAAUGGUGAAGGUCUUCUCAGAGUUUGAAGAUCCUCUAGAUAUUCCUUUCAACAUCACAGAGCUGAUAGACAACAUUGUGGGUCUGACAACAGUGGAGAAGGACAACUUUGUUCUGGAUUUCGUUCAGCCCUCUGUAGACUACCUGGACUUCAGAAACCGCCUCCAGACAGACUGUGUCUGUCUGGAAAACUGUAUGCUAAAGGAAAAAUCUAUUGUGGGAACAGUGAAGGUGAAGAACCUCGCUUUUGAAAAGACAGUGAAGAUCCGGAUGACAUUUGAUACAUGGAAAAGCUUUUUAGAUCACCCAUGCCAGUAUGUCAAGGAUAUGUAUGGAGGGUCAGAUCAGGACACGUUUUCUUUUGACAUCAACUUGCCUGAGGGAAUUCAAUCACAUGAAAGAGUUGAGUUUGCCAUUUCCUUUGAGUGCAAUGGGAGGGUGUACUGGGACAACAACAGGGGCACAAAUUACAGGAUCAUACGGUCAGAACUGAAGUCUGCCCAGGAAGCUCUCCGUCCCCCACAGGCUCCUGACUUUGGCAGUGCAUUUGACCGGUUUGGGAGCCCUCGGUGCUCCUAUGGCCUCUUUCCUGAGUGGCCCAGUUAUUCAGGCUAUGAAAAGCUUGGGCCCUACUAUUGACAAAGGUCAGGCUGACUAACUGUUGCUGGUGUGUCUGCAGGCCUUGGGGCUGGUCUGAACAUAGGUGUAUGAAUAGGUGGAAGAAGUAUGGCUCUGUGUAGCUUAGCAUAAGCCUCCCAAAACCAGAUGUGCAGUGUGUCAGGGGGCUUAUAGUCAGAGAAGCAAAUCUGGCUUUCCAGAUGAUCAGAGGACCAGGGACUGCUCAUGUCUCUUCAGCAUUUCUUCCUCUUCAGUAAAGAUGCCAUUGUCCAGGGAAACACUACAGUGCUUAUAUUGCCUGUUCAAGCUGUGUAGUGGUGGCUGCUUUGUAUUGCCUGCCUAGUAUUAAUAGGCUCUUUCACAAUAUGUACUAGUAUUAUAUUGUUUGUGGGCUCUACUACAGCUGCAGGGCUCUCCUUGAAAAGCCAGGCUGUGCCUGUCAGGAAAUAGUGUGGUUGGAUUGCUGGGAAUGGAGUCUUCUCUUUGCACAUAUCCUUGUAGUGAGGCCCUUCCUGCUAGUGAGGCAGAAAGCAUGUUUUGGAAGUGAAAUGCAAUGUGAUGACAGGAAGUGUGGUCCUACAGCCUGCUGUAUUAGGAGAUACACCUGUGGGAGAAGAUCUGAUCUGAUAUGCUCAGUCACAGGUUGUUACAUCAGAUGAGCUUGAAAAUGUCUCAUACCACUGGUGUUACAGCUGUGGGUUGACAUCCUUGACUGUCUUCUUCAAAACCUUCCUGUUUCUUUAAUCACAAGUGAUCAAUGAUGCUUUUCUCCCCCUUGAUGGAUGUCUGAAGUUGGCUGUGCUGGACCCUGAAAAUGCAUUUUAUUCUCCUGUGGGCUGUAAACCAGAGUUUUGUCCAGCUGGAGCCCACGGUCCUGUGCAGGAGACUCUGCUCAGGUGUUACAGGAGCUAAAUGCAAACAGACCCCAUGGCUGUCUAUGCUGCAUCCUGUACAGUAAGGUGGCUGUUGUGUACCUAUGUUGGUGGAAGUGCCUUGACUGAGAAAGAAGUGGUAUGUGCAAUCCCAGCAAUGUUGUGGGAUGAAAUGCUUUGGAACUGAUCUUGCUUUUAAGAUCUGGUAAUAGUUUGUUACUCUGUGCCAUAGACUGCAUGACAGAUAAAGGCAUAGCACUGCUUGCAUGUAAAGGUGCUGUGGCUGUCCUGGAUGAAUGUGCUGGGCUUCCCUUGCUGCUAGAGCAGUAUCUGUCAGUUUGACCUGCAGAUGCCCAGACUUUGCAUCUCUGACCAUGAAAAGUGGCUCACCCCACCUAUGUAAAGAACUAGUCAUGAGGAGAGUGAGAUGUGGGGUUAUCCUGACAGUACCUCUGCAUUUGAGACAAAUCACAGAUGUAAGCCAUCCCACAAUUAAAGAGGUGGCUUGUCUUCUGGAUGUGUGCUGAGGUGGUGAGCUUGGCUGAGCCAAACAGCCUUACAGACCUUCUUGGAUGCUAACUGAGCAGAAUUAACUUAAUCCCUCAGCUCAAAGAGAGAGUGCUGAACAGUUUGUAGAAAUAGAGGUCAAGGGAAUACUUCUUUUUCUAGUGCAUAAGCUUUAUAUAAUUUUGGGUGCCUCUGGCAGCCUGUGGAUGUGAUGGAGAGAAGCAACUUUGUUAACAUAGCUUUUAAUUCUGGAGACUACUGUAUAAACACUUAGAAGCUGUUUUACCCUAACCUAGAAGGGAUACUCGGAUCACUCUUGGAUAUCAAAAAGGACAGGAGCUUGAAGGAAGAAUAGCUGGCCUUGAACUGCUGCUUUUUCAAAAUACAGAAUCAGUAUAGGUCUUCAGUGUGCCUGAUCACUUAGUCAAGGUUGUGAAUUGCUUGCUAGCUCAGAGCUCAUCAGGUUUGGUUCCUCUGUUCGAACAGCUUCCCAAGUCAGCCCUUAGAGCCUGCAUCUGGUUUCUCUGGAAGGGACUGUUGCCUAGCUUGGCUUGGUUUUAAACUUAAAGCAAGUUUGAAUCACACUGAUGCUUUCUAUUUAUUUAGUGUAUGGUGUUGAUGUUGUAAGACACUGACUGUAGAAAAGCUGUGUUCUCCUGGCACAUUCUUGUGCCUAUGGAGAGCUGUUUGUGAGCCAAAACAAAGCAUGUGGGUCUGGGGUGCUAUGGAUGUUGAUAUCUCCUUACAGGCUUGUUUUCAGGCUGUCCAUUGGGUGUGCUUAGGGAGGAACGUGAAAGAUAAGCUAGAAGAGCAGUGCCAUAAGUGAAAGCUGUGUUGGGAACUGACUAUUUGAUCAAUUGCAGUUUAAAAAUACUACUUGUGGCCUUUCCCUUUUUUCAUUCCCAGUGUGAACAUAGAAGUGAGGGGGUUCCUCUCCUUGCUCUAUGCCUGGAAGUGCCUUGUAGGAUGUUUUGCAUGAUUGUUUUUAAAAUAUAUUUUUGUACACAACAUUCAAGUGGAAAAUGCACUUUAUAAUUGCCACAUAAUGACUCUUUUAAAAAUAUGUCUGUUUUAAUCUAAUUGUUAAAAUAAA